UAUGCUUAAUUAUUCUAUAUAUUUCAACCCAAGUAUUCUUGAAAAGUUAUGUAUAGACGUUGUAGUUGUUCAUCCCCUCUCAGUAUUAGAUAAUUACGAAAGAAUAUUAAAUCUACCUAAAAAUUCAUCAGUUUUUAUGGAUAAUGCUAUCGUUCAAUUCAUUCCUACCGGAAAAGAUAGCAAUCAACAGGGUUUAAUGGCAAUUUUCCCAAUCUGUACACUACCAUCGGCAUUCUUACCGUUUGGUCUUAAUAUUACAAACUAUCUUGAAGCUUUCGUUGAUUUACUUAUAAAGUUAAAUAUUAAAAGUUAUGCAAUAAUUAUUGAUGAUACAAAGGAAGGAGAUUGUAUUCAAAUGGAAUUUAAUAAGAUACUUAUAAGAAAGGAUUGGUUAUUUGAUCAAUCAAAAUAUGUUAAAUUGGACCCUUUUAUAGAAAAUUCACCCAGUUCGAAAUUUCAAAGCAAAGAAGCGUUAAAAGAUUUAAUUAAUAGUUCUUUCGAAAUUAUCAUUUUCCUGUCUAAUUCGAAUAUUUUAGAGAUUAAAGACUACAGCAAAAGAUGGUUAAUAGGCUAUAAUCUAUUAUUCGGUUCUUCACAUCUUUACGAAUAUGUUAGAUAUGGUAAAAAUGAUUAUUUAAAUGAAUCACAUGACUCGGAAACUGAACUAAUAAUUUUACUUCCUUGGAAAAAGAUUCUAUCAAAGGAGUUGAAUUUUAAAUAUGACUUUGAAAUAUUGCCAAGACAUUGGACAACAUUCUAUAAUGAUCAAUUAUCUUAUAAUAAAGAUAUUGAAUCUAUUAGAUUGCAUAUGUCUGAAAAUGUUAAACAAUUGGAUUUUAUAUUGGCCCCAUUUUUCUUUUCGAAUGGAAUAGAAGAGAAUUUUGUACUAUCUAAACCAAUAUUUCAUACUUGUCUUGCUAUGCUGGUUAAAGAUGGAUUAUAUCUUUCCUCACUUAUUCAAUCUAUUCAUAUGUUACCCUAUAAAGAUCUUUUAAUUUUUGGAUCACUUGCCAUAAUGUUUUUUACCCUUAGUCUACACUUAUCUAAAUGCGUAGCAGCAUCCGCUCAUAAGUCGAUUUGGGACGGAAAAAUUUGGGAUUUACCUAUAAAUGUUACCCUUCGAUGCGGUGCACUGAUGCUGAGUAUUCGUUAUAAAAAUGAGGCAAUCAUUUAUGAGAAUGUGACAUUUGGGAAAGUAGCAUCGAAUUUCUUAGAAGAUCGUUAUACGGUUAAAAAUGGUAAAGUUCCGGUUCUUCUACAUACUUUAGAAGCUUUAAGAUAUUUGGCCAAAGACUUUAAAGGCAAUUGUAUGGGUAGAGUUGUAAGGAUUGAUUAUCCUAAAAGACCUAUUUCGUUUGCUUUUAGGAAAGGUCAUCCUUUUAGAGCGAAAUUUGACGAUGCUAUACUAAUUAAGCGGAAGAGUAUUGAUAAGAUCAUUCGGAAAUGGAUACCUCCCGUAUGCGAAAAUACUUUAGAGGAUGAUAGCCGAAUUGUUGAUUCUAUACCUUCAAAUGGUGAAAAACUCACUAAUCUAAUCCUAUUAGAUGUUAUUAAAAUUAAUAUUCGUCUUAAGAAAGAACAUUUGGAGAGGAAAAUUUUGAAAAGAUCUUUACAUUGUUUUCCAUCACUGUUCUCAUUGGGGAAUCAAAUGGAACCGGAAGAACCUCAAGAAGAACAAUUUGUAGAAGUGGAAGCUAAUAUAAAAACGCUAACUAUCUCUAAACAUUAUGAUGGAUAUACAGGUACUAGCCGUAUACUAACGCUUGAGGAUGAUCCAUUCCGAAAAGAAGAAUUGAAUGGAUUAGAGAAUUCAAAGAACGAGAGAAAGAAGCGUAAAAGAGAAAAGAGUCCUUUAAAUAUGACCGAUACUGACAGCCAACAGGAGACUCUUCCACAAGAUUAA